CCGGCUCGGCCUCCUGCCCGCGCGCCAUGGGCGCCUACCUGUCGCAGCCCAGCACGGCCAAGAGCUCCGGGGACGGCGCCGGGUCCGGGCCGCGCCCGCUGCACUUCGGCUACAGCGCCAUGCAGGGAUGGAGAGUCUCCAUGGAGGACGCUCACAACUGCAUCCCCGAGUUGGACCCUGAGACUGCCAUGUUCUCUGUUUAUGAUGGGCACGGAGGAGAAGAGGUUGCUUUGUAUUGUGCCAAGUAUCUCCCAGAGAUCAUCAAGGAUCAGAAAGCGUACAAGGAAGGCAAGUUACAGAAGGCACUGGAGGAUGCCUUUCUGGCCAUUGAUGCCAAGCUGACAACCGAGGAGGUGAUCAAGGAACUGGGGCUCAUGGCUGGGCGGUCUCGAGACAAUGGUGAUGAGAAAGAGGAGAAGGUAGCUGAUGAAGAUGAUGUGGACAACGAGGAGGCCGCUUUGCUGCAUGAGGAGGCCACAAUGACCAUCGAGGAGCUGCUCACUCGCUAUGGCCAGAACUGUGUGAAAGGCAAGCUGGGGCCGCCAGGCAGAGAGCUGGCCCAGGAGCACGCCCAGGGCCCGAGCCUGAACGGCGAGGCGGGCACAGAGGAGCUCUCCAGGCACCGCGAGGGGGAGAACGGCGAGCCCUGCCCGGAGCCCAGCCUCGCUCCUGGCCCAGACACAGCUGGCGGAGGGGACAUGGGCACCCUGCAGAAGAGGGUGGCAGAGGGAACGGCUGCUCCCGCUGCGGGCGAGGCCGAGCCCUCCUGUUCUUCUGCAAGCAAGGCCCAGCGAGCGGCCAAGUCCAAGUUUUUCGAGGACAGUGAGGAUGAGUCAGAGGAGGAGGAGGAAGAGGAGGAGGAGGAAGAGGAGGAAGAAGACAGUGAGGAAUGCAGUGAGGAUGAGGAUGGCUACAGCAGCGAAGAAGCAGAACAUGAGGAAGAUGAGGAGGAAGAUGAUACAGAAGAGGCGGAGGAGGAGGAGGACAUGAUGCUCCCCGGUAUGGAGGGAAAAGAGAAGCCUGGCUCAGACAGUGGCACGACGGCGGUGGUGGCCCUCAUCCGGGGCACUCAGCUAAUAGUGGCCAACGCCGGGGAUUCUCGCUGUGUGGUGUCUGAGGGCGGCACGGCUGUGGACAUGUCAUAUGACCACAAGCCCGAAGAUGAGGUGGAACUGGCCAGAAUAAAGAAUGCUGGAGGGAAAGUGACCAUGGAUGGCCGGGUGAACGGGGGCCUCAACCUUUCCAGAGCCAUUGGAGAUCACUUCUACAAGCGCAACAAGAACCUUCCCCCAGAGGAGCAGAUGAUCUCGGCGCUGCCAGAUAUCAAGGUGCUGACCAUCAGUGACGAGCACGACUUCAUGGUCAUCGCCUGCGACGGCAUCUGGAAUGUAAUGAGCAGUCAGGAGGUUGUGGAUUUUGUCCAGUCCAAGAUCACCCAGAAAGCAGAGAGCGGAGAGCUGCGGUCCCUGUCGUCCAUUGUAGAAGAACUCCUGGACCACUGCUUGGCCCCCGACACAUCCGGCGAUGGAACCGGCUGCGACAACAUGACCUGCAUCUUGAUCUCCUUCAAACCACGCCCCAGCCAGCCUUCCCCGGCCGCUGCAGCCGAAGGGGGCAAACGGAAACUGGAGGACGAGGCGGCGGCAGUGGCGGCCGCCCCAACGGAAGAGAGCUGUAGCAAGAAGGCCAGGCAGAACUAGCAGCCAAUGGGCUGGGGAUUGCCGGAGCUCUCGCUGGACUCUAGUUUUCUAAAUGAUGCUGAACUCUUGCUGCCCGACGUGGGCAUUUUUUAGCCUUAGGGAGGCCAAGUCCGUCUGUCUUUGUGGGGGAGGAGGAGGAGGGCUUCAUGAUGGUCCCACUGUUCUUUGAAACCAUUCCAAAGAGUGAAAGGGGGGGGGGGCUGGGCUGCCUGGAGGCCAGCCCACCCACCCUGCAGCAUCGCCGUGUGGUUGUUUGCCAUUUCCGUGCCUGUGACGUUUCUGUUGGCGGGAAGCAGUUUCUAAUGUGGAGGUUUCGCAGCUGUGCCCCCUAUUUAAGGCCUUCUGUUUUUUUAUUUGUGGGACUGGUGGCCAAGCCCCGCUUUGUGUCGUUCACUUUCAACUGAGAUUUUUUCAAACUAAAAACCGAAAAACUGAA